UCAAAUGAUUGUCGAGUUAUAUUAAAAAAAAAACAAUUUUUUAACAAAGGGAAAAAAAACGUACAGGAAAGAGAGAGGGUUUUCCUUUGGACAGAUAUAAACUGGUUCUUGCUGCUAAACCUUCUUCUUCUUUUCGCGAGACGUUGGUGUGUUCAGAUCUGAUAAGGAGAGAGAUAGAGAGCUUACGACGGAGAAGAUGAGCGGCAAGAUCGUCGGCGGUGGUGGCAGUGUCGGGGGCAGGAAAAGCUAUAACGGGAUUUCUGAUAUUCCGUCUGGGUCGAGGAAGAUGGUUCAGAGCUUGAAGGAAAUUGUGAACUGCCCUGAAGCAGAGAUCUACGCCGUGCUCAAGGACUGUAACAUGGAUCCUAACGAAGCCGUCAAUCGCCUCCUCUCCCAAGAUCCUUUUCACGAGGUGAAGAGCAAAAAAGAGAAGAAGAAAGAGAUUAGGGAUAUACCAGAUUCCCGGCCACGAGGCUAUAGUAACACUUACAACCGUGGGACUAGAGGUGGUCCUGAUCGUUAUGCUGGGCCUGGACGAAGUGGAACUGCACCUUUCAACUCUAGUGAGUCGGGAAGCUUUCAAGGAAGAACUACAAACAAGAGAGAGAGUGAGAAGCAGGCUUAUGCUGGUUCUUUUUCUUCUACGUCUGGAGCAUCGAGCCACCAUCAGAUGCCACACAGUGAUUCUGUUGCGAUGGACAGUAAAACGCCGACUGUUACCUCGGGUGGUGGAGUACCAUCAUCACAGUCUGUUUCUGGUCAUCAACCUGCAUGGUUGGGUGCUGCAGGUCAGAGGUCUAUGGCUGACAUUGUGAAGAUGGGUAGACCUAACAACAAGACAACGAACUCUCGGAAAAAUGUCGAUAUGCGUUCAGAGGGGCAUGCAAUUGGUGCAAAUCAACAUGUCCCUGUGCAAGAUGAAUGGCCCUCGAUUGAGAAGCCAAUAGCCGCUAGCACUUCUGUAUCAGUCGCACCAACUGAGUCAGAUAUAUGCAAUGGUCCAGCAGAUUUCCAAUCCAGUAGAGGAGAUCAACAUCUGGAGGGCCACUUGGAAGAUGCACAUUUAGCAGAGAAAGGUCCCUUUGGAAAUCUUGGAAGAGAUCAUGUGCAUGGCUCUGUCGCUGGUGGAGUUGUUCAGGAAGAUGACUCUGGAGUGUCGUCCGAGUUUGAUGAAAAUCCAUACGAACACCAAACGCAGAACCAUCCUGUUGAGCACCAGAAAGAUGAAGAUGAUGUUUCGUCUGUUGCUGCCAACCUUCAAGAAUUAAGCGUUGAGAACCAUGACAAAUACUCUUCCCGUGACGAGGCUAAACCUGUUGUUGUAAUUCCUGAUCAUCUACUAAUCCAUACAGAAGAGUGCGCACAGUUAAGCUUUGGAAGUUUUGGAGGUUUUGGAUCAAGACCUCUGAACAACAACUUAGAAGAGGCAUCUAAUUUUCCUGGCUCUUUUCAUUUGUACUCACCAUUAAUCAAUCGUCUUGUGCACAGAAAUACGGAGUUCUAUGGAGAUGAACAUCUAGGAAGCAUUUCCAAUGGAAAUAUGGUCCAUGCGUCUACUCCAGAAAAUUAUGAUGAUUCUUCAGAAUCUCAGCGAGAGGCUUUGUUGCCCGAAAACCCCGAAACCGCUCAUCAAGAGAACCAGUACUCGUUUACUCAGUCCGAUCAAGAGUAUGCAUAUGAAAAUGCCAAGCAACAGCUGAAUACUGCAUUUGAUGCCUCACAGACAAGCAUGCAGAACCAGAUGCAGAAUCUUUCUUCAAUAACAAAUGUGAUGCAAGGGUAUACAAACUCGAUUCCAAACACUCUAUUGGCAGCACAAAGUGGGAGGGAGCUUGAGCAUCAGUACUCAAGUUUCCCAGGCGCACAGUCUAUGCCAUCAAGAAGCAACGAUUCCUCACUAGGUGGCCAAAACAUUUCUAUGCCAGAGGCGCUCAGAGGUGGUGGUAUUCCAACAACGCAGUCAAGUCAACAGAACCUAGCCGGUGCCAAUAUUGCUACUGGACCAGCUCUUCCUCAGCAGCUACAAAUGCAUCCAUAUUCUCAGCCUACUGUGCCUCUAACUCACUAUGCCGGCAUGAUCGGUUACCCGUUGAUGCCUCAGAGCUACCCGUACAUGCCAUCGGCUUUCCAACAAGCAUAUGCUGGUAACAGCUCAUACCACCAGUCACUGGCUGCUUUGCUUCCGCAAAUGAAAACUCGCCUAUAUGGCUUCAUGGUCCGGGCUCUCAAACAAUGUCGGGUGUCCAGAGCAACGCGUACUACAACCUUCAAGUACAACAACAAGCUCAGCAACUUCGACAAGCGCAGCAACAGGCGCAACAGCAGUAUGGAUCGCUCGGUUACCCAAACUACUAUCAGUCGCAAACAGGAAUGCCAAUGGAGCACCAACAGCAAAACCCAAGGGACGGUGGCUCGCAAGGUCAGCAGCCAUCAAAGCAAUCCCAGCAGCAGCAGCAGCAGCAGCAGCUCUGGCAAAACUCUUACUAGGGCGGUUUUGGGUCCUCUCGGGCUCAUGGUUUUGUGUACUUGUCACGUAGCCGUGGCUAUAAAGCUGAUAACCGGUUAUAUAGGUUAUCCGUUAUUUCGAGUUGUUGUUGGGUAGGGAGGCUGAAGAGGGAAAAGGGCGGAUCGUCACCAUGUCACUGUGAGUGUAUUUAUCAUCUUCUGUUAACUUAGGGAACAAGCAAACUCUAAUUUGGAAUCAAUGCAAACUAAAACCAAAGAAAAGAAAAGAGCAAAAGUUCCUAUGUCUGUUAUAACUUUGCUUCUGCGCUCCACCUUUGUAUAGUAUCUUUGCUUUCUGUUUAACAGUUUUCAACUCUUUAUGCUUAUAUAUUCUCAUGGGGAAAACUUGAAAGUAAAAAUAAUAUAAAAUAAGCAAAUACUUAUGAAGGUGCAACUUGUAUCAUCAGAGACAGAAUUGAGAGACUUUUAGAGCAAACAGGGUAGCACCAAAAAUACUCCUUCCGAAAUCGAACCUAAACAGAACCAUGACCAUAAGAUUUUCAACAGGUUAGCAUAUCGAAUUUCUGUUUGUUUGUGCAUGUCACCACGUAUCAUCAAUUUGUUGUAUGUAUACUUAAAGUCGUACAGUCUUUGUCUGGUUUCUUGCGUUCAUCCUUUUGUUACAGUGCAGGGAGAGAGAGAUGUUCACAGCUUAAUAGUAAUAGAAUAACAUAUACAGUAUAUAGCAAGAGAGAUGUUCACAGCUUGUUUCUUGCGUUCAUACUUUUGUUGCUUUCUUUUCUAAGACUUUUGUACAUAGAUAAAAAUACGUAACUCCUUUUCCUAUUACUAGACCACAUCAUCGCUGUGUGUUUGGGUCGCACACCUCAAAGAACCCGAGAGAGUGAAACAGCUCUCCGCUUGGCUCGUUCUGUACCCGUGAGCAAAAGCUUUUGCGUCAAACCCGCAAGUCCCGGUGCUCUCACAACCUUCUCCGCCACAACCUCUCCACCGAUUGUACAGAGUUGCAACAACGUAGCAAUCGCUUUCUCUUGCCCUCUCGGCGUUCCACAUCUCAUCAGUUCCAUGAGCCCCGCCACAGCUGAUUCCUCUCUCCCUAUACUCUCUGCUCCGAAAGACUGAUUCGCUACUACAGCCAACACUGCCGCAGCUUUCUCCGCCACAGCCUCCUCGUCCGCCAAAGCUCCCACGAGAGCCGACACUCCUCCCGAGUUUACCAUCAAGCUGCAGUUAUCCGGAUGUAACCAUAUGCUGUAUAAAGCAUUGGCCGCAUCUUUCUUCCCUCUUGUCGUCCCGUUUCGCAGCAACGAUGCUAGCGACUCGAAGCAGCCCUCCGGGAUCAUUCUCUUGUAUCCUCCAUCUACUCUGGACAGAACGUACACUGUGGCUGCUGCGUUUUCCCGAGCCUUCAUUGUAAGACCAGAGUCGAUCACGCUCACUAUCGACUCAAGGCAAUCGUUUUCCUCCAUGAUCCGGCUUCUGUUUUUCUCUUCGACAGAGAGGUUGAAGAUGGAUGUGACUGACUUCUCUUGCAAAACAGCGUUUUCGGAUUUGAGAAGCCUACGCAAGUGCGGGAUCGCACCCGCUUCCGCGAUUAACGUACGCGUUUCGAUCACUGUUCUCGUUAGAAGCAGGAUCUCUCCCGCCGCCACUGUCUGAGCUAACUCUGACCCGUCUGCUAGGUUUUGUAUGAGAAUCGAUAUGGUGGCUUUGUUUGCUUCCAUUGAAGCUCUCUUUUGGAGGUGGAGAAGCGAAGCAAGAGACUCUUUCGGCGUCUCGUGAGAUACACCCGUUGCUUCGGACCAAUCCCUUAUCAUGUUUCUCAGAGCUAGGUUGGGAACAAGACACGAGUCCACAAGCUUUUGCCCUGUUUUAGGACAAGUACAGCGACCACCUUCAAUCCACCUAGCGAUGGAGCUCCGAUCAUAGCUCUGUCCAGUGGAAACAAUCACUGGAUCCUUCAUCAAGCUGAGGGAGAUGGAGCAAAUGAAAUCAUCUUGUGCCGUUGUUGUAAACGUUUCCUCAAUCUCCUGCGCAAUGAAACAUUUCCUCUGUUUCUUCGGGUACUCGAAUCUCCACUCCGAUUCAUCUUCGAUCCUGAACAACGAAAACAUGGCGUACCGUAUGAUAUCCACAGACCCGUUAACCACCGACCUUGUAGGCUCCUCCAAAUCACGAUCGUGAUUCGACAUCUCUCCUUCAAGAAACUCAAUUUCAGCGCUGCAGCUCUUGGGAUCCCUAAUCCCCAAUUUGUCAACGAAGAAGUAUCUCAGUUCCUCCGGAUUGGGUAUACGGCGGUUCUCAAACCCGUCGAGAAACGAAUAGAGUCUGUCCCGUAGCGUUUUUUCGUCGUUAUCAUCAUCAUCAACGAACAGUCUCGACUGCUUGUGCAAGAGCUCGAAUUGCUCUCUAACGUCGUCGCUCAGGCCGAGCCUGUCGACGGGGAAAACAUCCAAAAGGGUCGAAUAAUCUCGGCUCAAAUCAUGGAAAACGCAUGAAAGCGACGAGCUUUGCAGCAAGAGCCAUAGCUUGCUGGAUCGAGCGCAGUAGCGGAGGAGGAAUUUGGAGUGGUGGAGGAGGAGAUACAGCUCCUUGAAGCACAGCACCGCCGUCGAUGAAACCGAACCGGGGUUCGAAUCAUAACCUGAAUCCGCGAGGUAUCGGAAAAAGACGGCCAAGACCUCGACUUUACGAAUCAGGGAACGGGAGUUUCUGCGCUGGAAAGAGAAACGUGCGCCGAUGAAGAGCGAGACGAUUUCUGCUGAAAUCGAAGCUAGGGUUCCAACGAGAGGGACGCCUGUAAGAUCAACGGGGGCCAAAAACGCCUCCAGCGACGGCAAUUUUCUCCGCCGUAGGGAUACGGUGGCCAUGUGACGAACGUUGACAACAAAAGAAAACAAAAACCAGUGGAUCGUCUCGAGAAAUGCGUCUUCUUGGUCCCAGAUCCAAGCAAAAUCAAAGGAAGUUUCUAUGCUAUGUAUUUGUGUAGAAAAUCAAUUUAUUAAUUGAAACAAGAAUACUUGCAGUAUACUGCAAGAGUGAGUGUAUUGAAGAAGAGA